AUGGCAACCACAUUAGCGGAACAUAUAUCGUUGGAAAAAUUCCAGGAUCAUUAUAUCUCCAGGCAUCUUCCUCAGAGGUUGGGAAACCCGGCAAGCAUUGCAUAUGGUGGUUACGCUAUCGCUCUCGCGAUUCAUGCUGCGUACAAGAGCGUUCCCGAUGGGUUUCAUCUUCAUUCGGUCCUCGGACACUAUCUUCGCCCUGUCAGCACAGAGAUCAAACUGAUAUGCACGCCUAUACAACUCCGGAAGUCGAGAGGUUUCAUAACCUAUCGGGUUAAUGUUGAACAGAAAGAUCCAUCGACUGGCAACCUGAUCCUGUGUAUGGAGCUAUCAGCCGAUUUCCACAAGGAUGAACCUUCUGUUCUCACACACUCAGCUUCUCCCAGUAGAAGCUAUCCUCACUGGCGGGACUGUGCCACCUGGGAGAGCGUGGUGGAGGAGAAUUGGCUCAAACCUGGCAAGAUCACCGAGAAACAGGCCAAUAUCUUCAACACGUUAUUCAAACUGUCCCGGGACCUUUAUGACGGUCGUCCCUGUCCAGAAGGUAUCACUACUCAAAACAUGCUGGGGUUUGCCAAGACCGCCAAAACCACACAGGACGGAUUGUCUCCUACGGAAAAAGCGUCCGCAGAUUGGGUGAAGGUGAAACACCCGCUUCGGACCGAAGCAGAACAGAUGGCCGGUCUUGGGUUCCUCAUGGAUGGUAUCCUGGCCUUCUUACCUUUGGCUCAUAAUCACAUGUUUUUCGAUGAUGUUGGGGCGUGCUCCAGUUUAGACUUUGCACUGCGCAUAUUUGUGCCGCACCCUAAGAUGGAUGAAUGGCAUCUGAGGGAAAUCAUUAACCAGCGCGCUGGCCAUGGUCGUACAUACACCGAGGCCAAACUGUGGGAUGAUGAGGGGAACUUGGUAGCUUCCAUGACGCAGCAGUCGAUUUUGCGUGCCAAACCUGUGAAAUUGUGA